GGACUGGAAAGUCUGCACUGGAUAACGGGCCGCAGAUCGCAUAUGUGCGAGAUUUUAAGGCAAAGGUUCAAUACUUCCGGUUUUGGUGUCAGCAACUGUACAUGCCGCAGCAUGUCAAGAUCACGGUCAAUAGGAAAACUUUGUUUGAGGAUUCUUUUUCAGCAGAUAAUGAGUUUUAACCCACAAGAUCUUAGGAGGAGGCUGUGGAUUAUUAUCCCUGGAGAGGAGGGGUUGGAUUAUGGAGGAGUGGCAAGGGAGUGGUUCUUCCUUCUCUCCCAUGAAGUUCUGAACCCCAUGUACUGUUUGUUUGAGUAUGCUGGGAAAGACAACUAUUGUCUGCAGAUAAACCCUGCCUCCUACAUCAAUCCC